CAUGCUGGGAGACUGCUCACUCGGAGGUAGCCGUCCGCGCAGACAUGAGGAUUUUGGCGGUAUUCUUGGGCCUGGUCUGCUGUGCCCUAAUUGAAAGUGCACAUGGGCAGGACGAGUAUUAUGAUUAUUAUGAAGACGCGCCUCUAGACGACACGGCCGCUGCGGCGGAAGGAGCACCCGCAGACGUAGGCGGCGAGGAGCCUCUACCUGAAGAACUUCCUGUAACCGAGGCCCCGACAGAAAAGCCCGCACCUGCUGAUACACCAAAACAGAGAAGGAAACUGGUAAGCCUUCGUAAGACUCCGAGGAUUGGUGCCACCAGAAGAACAUCAUCACCAGCAGCAGCAGCAGCAGCUCCUGCAGAAACUGGCAGUUCUGACGAUGCUCCUGCCUCUAGCAACGGACGCGCACGCACACCCAGCACAAGCAGUACAAGUCGCUCGCGGCGUCCAUCGUCGAGGGUAAGCGGAGCCUCACAAACUGCUGCUGCUGACACCCCUGCUGAAGCUCCCAAGGAAGAAACCCCCUCUAGAACUAGAUCAUCCCGCACUGGGUUCCGCCCAUCCUCUCGCUCAAGUACAUCGAACUCUCCAACAGAACCCACGACCCGGCGUUCCUUCAGCCGCACAUCCGCCACCACAACCCAAGCUCCUAGCGACAACGGAUCUGGCCACCGAUUUAACCGUCGCCCAACCUCCUUCACUCCCAGCAAAUCUAGGGGUCCAUCUUCACGUGCCAAUGCUGAAACUGACGACGCUGCUGGCUCCACUACCCCCUCCAGCAGGCGAUCACUUACCAGAGGUCAGCCCCGCAGAAAGUUUAGAAUUCCUUCGAAAACUCAGCAAGGCCCUCGUGCUCUUCGCCCUUCUUUCACGAGAACCACAACUACUCCCAGAACCACAACCACAACUACUGCACCACAGAUCUCCGAGGUUACAACCAUGGAACCAGCCCCAGCACCACAAAUAACGCAAACCACAACCAUGGAGCCAUCAAUGGAACCAAAAGUAAUUGAAACUACAAACACAGAAUCAGCCCCAGAUCCACAAAUUAUCGAAGUUGCACCCAUGAAACCCGCCCCAGCACCACAAGUCCUUGAGACCAAAAUCAUGGAACCAGUUCCAGUACCACAAGACAUUGUGAAAUCCGUCCCAACACAAGACAUUGUGGAACCUGUCCCAACAGAAGACAUUUUGGAACCCGUCCCAACACAAGACAUUGAGGAACCAGCUCCAGUACCACAUGUAAUUGUGCAGCCAACCCCAGUACCACACAUAAUUAUGGAACCAGCUCCAACACCACGUGCAUUUGUGGAACCAGCUCUAGCACCACAUGUAACUGUAGGACGAGUUCCAACACCACAAGUUAUUGUGGAACCAGCUUCACCACGCAUAAUUGAGGAAAUAAUCAUAGAGCCAGCUCCAGCACCAAGUGUAACUGUGGAACCAGCCCCAGCACCACAAGUCAUUAUGGAGCCUGCUCCAACACAUGUAAUUGCAGAACCAGCACCACAAGUCAUCACGGAGCCAGCUCCACAAGUCAUCACGGAGCCAGCUCCACAAGUCAUCACGGAGCCAGCUCCAGUGCCACAUGUAAUUGAGGCCGUAGUCAUGGAACCAUCUCCAGCACCACAAGUCACUGAGGAUACUGCCAGUGAACCAGCCUCAGAUCCAUUAAUAAUUGAGGAAAUGUCUGUGGAUCCUACAACUGAGAUUACAACUGAAGCAGUUAAUGCCACUGAGGAAGUAGUCACAAGUACGUUACCACCAGUGAUACGUCCCAAGCCAAUCCGUAUUCUUCCUCCUGUUAAAACACCACGAAGAGGCUCUUCCAGGUUCACUCCACCGAGGGCCCCCUCUCAUCCUAUCAUCCACACAACUCAAGCACCGAGCAACAUAUUUUAUCCACCACUUUCGACCUCAGUAAGGGCAGGUGCCCGUGCCACGGCAUCAUCCAGUCAUGAAACUAGUCGUAACGAAGUUACACAAGAUCCUGCAGUUAGAGCCCCUACUUUAUCUAAGGCAGAGACUAAACCAAGCAAGUACCCAACAAUAAAUUAUGGACCAUCAGAUAUACGUUAUGCGGGUGGAGCUGUUGUCAUCACAGAAGUAGGCACUGUUGAAGAUUCUCCAGUUGAUGAGGUUCGGCGGAUAUUAAGUGGAUUUGGCAGCCGACGACGAGGAUUGGGUCGUCCGCAGGAAAAACGAAUACCCGUAGUCCAAAAAGCUACAGUUCCUGAGCCAAUUUUCCAUUCUAAGGCUCCUGCAGAGUCAACUGAUUAUGAUUACACUGAUUAUUACUAUGAUGAUCUCAUCUAGCAAGACUAUUUUCACUGACAAUAUAGUAUAGUACAGUAUACUUAUACAACAUUGGUAAUGGAUACACAUUACAGUACAGCAGAGGCAAGUGUACCUGUACCAAAAAUUAA